AUGGCAAGGUACAGUGCUACUGAUGAAGGUCGGCUGACAAAUUUAUUUUGGGCAGAUGGCAUUUGUAGGGCCGAUUAUCAGUGCUUUGGAGAUGUGCUUGCAUUCGAUACAAUCUACUGGAAGAAUAAGUACAGAAGGCUAUUGGUAAUCUUCUCAGGUUGUAACCAUUACCACCAAACAUGUAUAUUUGGUUUUGCCUUAGUAGAGGACGAACGGACGACAACAUAUACGUGGUUGUUGCAAAACUUUCUAGAAUUCACGAUGAACAAGUCUCCCAGUGUUGUGGUCACAGACGGUGACGAAGCAUUGAAGGCAGCAAUUCGAGAAAUCUUCCUAGCUGCAACUCACUGA